AGGCAUUAGGUUUUGUAUAGUUGAGCUCGAUACCGACGAGAGUUCCCUCAAGUUUGGACCCAAGAUGCUCGUGCCUCUACUUGCUGCAGCCGCGGUGCUGGCCCUCUCCUUCUCCUACAGCAAGCUUCGCUAUAUUCGGUUCCGCCAAUAUGCGCAUUUUCCCCAACUUCCAAACUCACUAGUACUAGGCCAUCUCAAAGUAUUCGGGGAGUUCAUCAAACGCAACAAGCCCAAUGCUCACGAAGACCUAGCCAUAGUAGCUAUGAAUCGAGCGCUGGGCCGACCUCCUCUAAUGCUCAUCGAUAUGCGACCUAUUAGUAAACCAAUUGUAGUAGUAGGAGACUACGAGAUUGCUGAUCAGCUCACCAAGGCAUCGAAACUUUUCCCCACGAGCCCUCCCAAGUCUGCCAGUUCCGUAGAGCGUCUGCUACAUCUGAACGGCCCAACUUCCAUUCUUUUCCAGCAUGGUGAAGAAUGGAGGCGGCUUCGAAAAAAGUUCAACCCGGGGUUUGCGCCCCAGUAUCUGGUCACUUUCGUUCCAGAUAUCGUAGAAAAGGGCAUGAUUUUCCUAGAGCGUUUGGACGCCUUCUGCAAGACCGGGGAUGCCUUUCCACUGAUGGCCCUCACUACCCGGCUGACCUUUGACGUUAUUGGAAAGGUCGUCAUGGAAACGGACUUAGACGGCCAAUACGACGACAAAACCAAGAAGGGCGAGAUAGUAGAUCUAUUCGAGACUUUGCUCGACGCCUAUAACGGCGAUCGUGGUAACCUGCCAUGGUGGCUAAACAUUCGUAACGUCAAGCGACGAUCCGCGUUAGCAAACCGCAUCGCUAGCUUACUGCGAACUAUUGUGUACCGCAAGCACGUGGAGCUUCACGAAAAGGGGGCGGCCACUACCACUAGUAAUCCUCGCAGCGUUCUCUCCCUCGGACUGCGAGAUAUUGAAACUUUAACACCAAGCGUCGCGGACGAAAUAAGCGACCAACUCCGCACAUUUCUCUUCGCAGGACACGACACGACAAGCAUCCUGCUAUCAUGGGCAUUCUACGAGCUUUCCCGAACCCCCCACGCCCUUCGCACCAUCCGCGCCGAGCUAGACGACCUGCUCGGUCGCGACGCCAGCCCCGCCGCCGUGCGCGCCCGUCUGCUCGAGCAGGAGGACCUCGUGCAACGAAUGCCCUUCGUCUCGGCCGUGAUCAAGGAGACGCUGCGCCUGCACCCGCCGGGCGGCACCGCGCGCGAGAUCCCCGCCGGCUCCGGCUUCGCCGUCCGCACGCCCGACGGCGAGCAGCGGUGCCUCGACGGCCUGCUGGUCUACAACUGCCAGAGCAUCAUCCACAGGGACCCCAGGGUCUUCGGCGACACGGCCGAAGACUUCGUGCCCGAGCGCUGGCUGGACGACGACGCGAAGAUCCCGCCCGGCGCGUGGCGCCCGUUCGAGCGCGGCCCGCGGAAUUGCAUCGGCCUGGAGCUCGCCAACGUCGAAGCGCGUGUCAUCCUCGCGUUGGCGGUCCGCCGAUACGAUUUUGUUAAAGUGGGUCUGGGCGAGGUCGUCCUAGGUGAGGACGGCAGGCCGAGUUUGGAUAGUGCAAAGGCCCAAUACAAGGUGGCGGAGGAGCUAUAUACGACGAGACAAGUGACGUCAAAACCGGUCGAUGGGAUGAUGAUGAAGGUGAGGUUAGCGAAAUGACCAAUCGACCUGUGUAUUACCUAGUAGUUAAGGAGGCGGGGAUUUUAUACGUACCUAAG